GUGCUAUGGAAAGAAUCUGUGGUCUGAUCUAGCUAAAUCAGUGUCGCUUUCUUGAUCAGUUGAGUUUGAAUAGACUCUAAGGCAUAGGGUUCCCCUGAGUUGGUUGUGAGCUGAAUACCUCCUUCAACUAGACAGAGAACAAUGCCCUUGGUCAACCCUACACAUUGUUCAAGCAGGACGACCUUGGGUCGUUCCCAACUACCCAAGGCCGUUCCUUGCCUUAAAGAAUAAGCUUAAAUAGGGUGAAAAUCCAUUGUCGAAGUCAUUAAAUCCAUUACACUCACACCCAAGCUCAUCACACACCUUCAAACCAUCUCACCACAAAUCCAAAUACACGCUCAGAAGCAUACUAGCUCGCACCACACACAUCUUCCAAAAUGUGUACGAAGAGCAUCCUUAACCUUCUGCUGAGCAGAACCGAGCGUCAGGUUGACCAAGCCGCGGAUUAUGUAUCCCCCUUGCCUCUACCCACUGAAAACUCUCCAGCAUCAUCUUCUUCCUCCUUGAAGAGCUAUCGAAAGCUUCUAGGGGACGCCACCGUAGGCCUCAACGAGGAUUCAGAGUUUGAUUCAGAGUCCGACGACGAGAAUCCAGGCUUUAGAUCGUCUCAGUCUACAGACUCGCUGGCCUUUGACCAAACCCAGAUCGGCGUCUCCCAAUGGCUUAGGGAGGUUGAAGCCGCCACAGGUACUCUGAGAGCGCGUAAUCCGGAUCCAGCCUCGGCUUCACCUAGUCAGGACCUUCCUUCUGAUUCGUACAACGGAAAUCAGUCCAGAUGGUCUCAUUCCACCGACUCGCUGGCUCGCGAGGGACCUCCCAAUGACUUCUCUUUCUGGGACCUAGAGACCGAAUCCGAGACGGGUAGUCCGACAUCUACUUCGACUAGCCAGAGCCUCUCUUCCAGUAGUUCGUCGUCGACGCAAGGAGAAGCUGCUGGAGACCUCGAUGGUGAGGAUGUCAGAGAGCCCCCUCAGGUUGACCCAGUCACUUUUGCCUUGCUGUGGAGCAGGGACGAUUCGAUUCUUGUUAGGCUGCGCGGCGGCGGCGAGAAGCCUCCUCAUUUCCACACGCCAACUCCUGCUAUGUUGAGCCCUAGAGCCACCUGGUAUGUUGAUGAGAUUGAAACCGCUCGAUCUGUUGAAGUGUAUGGGUUUGGUCCAGGUGAUGCCACGGUUGUCGACAGUGGUGCAACCUUGGAGUGGUGCAACCUUGGAGGCUGCCGAGGUUCCUGUUAGGAACAACCCCAAGCGUCAGGGUCGAGUCUUUGGAGGUGCUUUUGAUCGGUUGUCAUUUGGGAUAGAGAGGUAAUGUUGUAUACUGGUUUUGAUUGGGUUAGAGUGAGUAAGAAAAAGUUUGUUGGUAGGUGUUCUCCCAUUUAAAGGCGUUGGGUUAGU